ACAGCCACACACACGCACUCACGGCAGCUUCAUAUGACGCGGCGCAGACCUGCGGAUUUCCAAACACCUCAGCGCUAUUUUUUGACUUUCUUACAUAAGAAGACGCUCCUUUUUACUUCUUUUUUAAAUUCUCUUUUCAUCCCAUGUGCGGGAUGUGCGCGACUUUUGGGCUUUAGUUGCUCGGAUGGUUCCAGGAGCGCUUUCCAAGUGCGCAAAAACGUGCCUUCUGCCAUUCAACCGACUGAUGCCCCCCUCUCUGUCUGAGUCGCAGUGAAUCAUGUCACGCCGGAAGCAGAAGCGACCCCAGCAUCUCGUUAACGCGGAUCCGGGGGGCCCACGGCUGCUAUCUCACGAUGAUCACCUGGGCAUGAAGUCACCAUCCACAUCUCUUGGCUCAGAAGUGACCUCAUCAGGAUCGUCCUCCUCAUCCCCCACCUCUCUCCAAGACUGCCAGCCGCCUCUGGCCCCUCGCCCAUCCCCUGGUGGGCUCCACGCGCCCUCCUUGCCCAGCGAGAGCUCGCCUCCUCCCCACUGGCCCAGCCACAUCGCCCCCUUCACCACAUCCCUCCCAAACACCCACUCUUCCCUCUCCCCAGACUUCCCUCACCCCUCGCUGUCAUCCCAAACUCACUCACCUCCUCCCUUGGGUCAAACCUCAGGUUCCCACAGCCUGUCCCACCAAGGAAAUUCUCACUCCACCAUGACCUCCCCUCCGAUGGGCAGCUCAGCCACCACCACUACCUCCUCCUCCUCUUCCUCCUCCUCCUCCUCUUCUCAGUGUGUGCCGCCUCACCGCGACAGCGCCAGUCCAGGUCAUCAGCAGGCCUCAAGCUCUCCGGGGCAGCAGGGACAGAUUCAGGUGUCGCCAACCCUGGCUGUGCUCCUGGAGGAACUGAGGGUUUUACAGCAGAGGCAAAUCCACCAGAUGCAGAUAACAGAGGAGAUCUGUAGGCACGUUCUGAGGCUCGGAGGCGCUGUCUUUGGCCAAGAUAGUAACAACACACAAGCCAGUGGUGCAGAUAGCAACCAGAAGUCCACAGGAGCAGCAUCUUCGUCACCAACACACCCCUCCACUGCCACGCCAGUAACCACAGCCUCAUCGCUCUUGACUGGCCUCCCAUCUUCCCUCUUCCCCCAGCCAUCCGUCUCCAAGUCAGGUACUUCACAUGUCAAUGGCAGCAGAGCUUCAUCCUCCUCUACCUCUUCUUCAUUAUCUUCCUCAUCUAUUUCAUCUACCAUCAGCUCCUCUGUGGCCUCCCUACACCCUCUGUCCUUGUCAUUGGGGCUACCACCACGCUACCUCCACGAGAAAUCAUCCAACACUUCCUCGUUUGGUCAUAGCAAUGGUAUCAGUUUCCCGACUCCUCCCCUUCCUACCACCAGUCAUUCCCAGGAUCUCCAGCCCAGCUCCUCCCUGGGCUCUGCCUCCUCUUCAGGACGCCCUCAACAUGUGUGCCGUUUUUGUGGGAAGGUGUUAAGCAGCGACUCAUCACUCCAGAUCCACCUGAGGUCACAUACGGGUGAAAGGCCCUACCAGUGUCCAGUCUGCUUGAGCCGUUUUACAACCAGAGGGAACCUCAAAGCCCAUUUCCUGCGACACAGAGAGCAGAACCCAGAGCUGUCCCUCUCCCUGCUGCCCCCAGCACUGUCAGAGCAAACACAGAGUGCUCCCGGUCCCAUCCAGAGGAGGAGAAAACGGCGGGCUGAUGAUGACGAGCCAUUUAAUGCAGUGAAAGGAAGCAUUCCCGGGAUGGCAGACAGCAUGGCUUCUUUAGGAUUCCUGUCUGGUGCAUCUGCUCGGCCCUCGCCCUCCUCUCUACCUCUGCCCCCUUCAGUGGAUAUGGCGUUGCUGUCCACAGCCCAUUCACUGCUACAGCUGAACAGAGCCUCGGCUGCAGCUGCUGCCAGCGCAUCUAGCCCCGGACUGCCUUCCUCAUCUUCGUCCUCGUCUUCCACCUCCACCAUGGGCAGCCAGUUCAAAGGAGCAAAGCAGCAGCGAUUUGAUGAAAACACCCCCCCUCACUCCACCCUCCAUACAACCUCCCCAUAUUCCCAGCUGGCCCACCUCCCCAAGAUUCUCUUCCCUGGCGGUACCUCCCCUCAUCACCUUGCACUUCUCCGGCCCCCGGGCCACCCAUCGGCCUCCCACCUCACUUCACCUCAUCAGCUACCCUUCCCCUUUCCACCUUUCCCCAAACCAUCAACCUCCUCCCCCUCUUCAUCCUCUCCCACCACCUCUACCCAGACCUCAGACACCUCCAAGCUGCAGCGCCUGGUACAGAAGCUUGAAAAGCAGCCACAAGGAGGUGCCUCUUCUUCGUCCGCCUCCUCGCAAUCACCUGCUGAAGCAAACGGGGACACACAUGGCCAUGACUUGUCCACCACCUCCAGUGCCUAUCGCAGGGAAAUGUUAGCUGCUCUCGGCCUGAGCCCAAGUACCAAUGCUGCUGGAUUAGUGACCAGCCAGGGAGUCUCAGGUUCUAGCACUACAACAACGACGACUACCCCUUCUCUGCCUACAGUUCAGGCUGCAAAUCAGUGUGGAGUGUGUCUGCGUGUCCUCAGCUGCCCCAGAGCUCUGCGUUUGCACCAGGCCACACAUCUGGGAGAGCGCCCAUUCCCUUGUAAGCUGUGUGGCCGUUCGUUCUCCACCAAGGGCAGCCUCAGGGCCCACCUGGCCACUCACCGCGCAAGACCAGCCAACUCCCGUGCCUUAAACUCCUGCCCAUUGUGCCCACGCAAGUUCACCAAUGCCGUGGUUCUUCAGCACCAUAUCCGCUUGCACCUAGGAGGGCAAAUACCACCUGACGAAGAUAUACCUCCUGAAGAUGUAGCGGAAACGCAGGAUGCUGUCUUCAAUGACAAUAACUCCCCAUCUAAAGCCCAACAACUUCUCCCUCUGGCCUUAACAACAAGGUCCAAGUCUCCAGCUGAAGCUCUCAACUCAGGGUCGAAGAAAUCCACAGCAGCUGAUGCCACCUCUGUGAAGACGGAAGAAUCAGAAGGCUCAACACCCAGUGUUAGCCCACCCCUGACCCGCAACCCCCCCUCAGUGGGAGCUGAGGACCCCCUGUGUCUGGGAGACAACGCCCUAGCUGAUGGUAGCCCCACGAACGGCUCCAUGUACUCUGAGGAGGAGACCCACGCUGACCUGGGCAGCACCAGCCCAUUCAAAGCACCCUUAGCUAGUUCUCAUUCAGAUGUAGUGAAUAAAGACACAGAGGCAGAUGACACCCCUUUGUCUCUCUGUGUUUCAAAGCCUGGAUUAGAAAAUGAUGCAGAUGUUAGUAAUGAUGAAGCCUGCUCCACAGAAAAGCCCACCACAAGUCCUGAUCGUAGCCCCAAACCACCAGCUGCAAAUCCCUCACCUGCACUCACCCCACCUGCCAGCCCAAAAGCUAUUCCUGAAGCAGAAGAGGCCUGUGGCAGUCAACCACAGGAGGCACAGGAGAGAGAUGCAGCCCAAAGCAAAGGCAUUAGUGAGACCACCAGAGAGCCUUUACCAGUGUUGGAUCCAGAGCCGGAGAAGGACGCUCCCAUGGAGGGGGGUCAUGGUGUGCAGGAAAAGCCCUCAGAGGACCUAGAGCCCCCUGUCCCAGCACCAGCACUGCACACCCAGCCAGCUCGUCCUGACAAACCCUACAGCUGCUCCCAGUGUGGAAAGGCAUAUGCCAGCCGUAGUGGACUUAAGGGCCAUAUGAAAACUCACCCUGGAGUGUCAACCAACACCCCCUCCAAGGCUCAAACCAAUGACACUGAUAUUGCAGAGGAACCCAGCUCACAUUCAGCCAAUAAGAACCCAGUACAGCAGGAGGAGAAGCAGGGAUUGGCUCAAUCCUCGGGGGAAGGUGACAGCACAGAUCCUCUACCUAUCAGUGUUGUUUCUAGUGUGGCGGCCGAGCCUAUGGACACUACUGCGUAGACAAGUUAGCAUCCUUAAAUGACAGUCUUUAAAAAGGGUCCUGACAAGGGAAUGUAUUUUUUUAAUAGAAUAAGAUUUGUUUUCUAGAGUUAUUAAUUCUAAUUCAUGUUUACCUUUUGUAUUAGGCAGAUAGAUCUAGUUUGUAUUGUAGUAACAUUGCAAGAGAUCUGUGAAUGUAGUAUUCUAGCCAUGUAUUUUUGUAUUUCAAAGACCACAGUGAGGCCUUAUCUUACACACUUCACAGAAUUGUCACAAUGAGAAUUAAUUGUUUGCGCUUUUCUUUUGCUGACACCUAUUUCAGCACAUGCUUUCUAAGCUGAUUGGAAUAAGAGGGACGGUCCAGCGUUUAACAAGAUGAACUCCAUACCAAAACAGGCCAAAUUACUAACGGCCAAUGAUUGUAAAUAUGAGCUGCGGUUACAUUUAUGCCUUUUUAUUGUUACUUUCUUCUUUCCUUUGUUUUAAUGCCAUGCUGCUGAAAGCAUGUUUAAGAUGUGCUGAGUUGCACUGCGAGUUGCACUGUGUCCUGUGCUGCCGAAACAUCUUCUUAAAGGCAUACUUCACCAUCACAUAAUCAUUUGUAUGUGAUUUACUCACCCCCUGUUGCACUGAAUUUCAGAGGAAAAUGUUGUUUUUCUGGAAUGCAACCACAGUGAACAAAGAAUCAAAAAAUGGAGAAAAUUCUUGAUAAACUGAACUCAUAGGGAUCCAGCUUUAACAGCUGCAGAACUAUAUAUAAACAUCUGUUUACAAACUCUCACACAACUCGUGAGGUAUAAUCUAAGUCUUCACAAACAUGCAUUUUGACUAAAACCUUACUAUUUAAACAGUCUCAUGCGCAAAUGAGUAGUGCACCUGUGCUGUUUAUGCCCCAAAAAAGCAUGUAGAUAUGCUAUGUGCUAGUUAAAAAUGUUGAAAAGAAAACCACGUUUUAAGCUGGACAAAAGAUGUGCCUUAGGGACUGUCCCAAUCUUCAUGGACACAUUACUUUAUAUACAGAGUGCAUCAGAAAUGAAACCCUAAAACCUGGAAAUGAGUUAGCAUUUUAGCACUCCAGGUUCUUUUGUCUUAGAAUCUUAGGGUUUUUUGUUAGAUGCCUGAAAUAAGGUCUGUGGGUAACACAAGCUUAAGAAACAUUCACGUUUUGUUUUAUGACAUAAAAUGCGUCAGACAAUACCCCACAUGUGAAUUUUGAAACUUUCAUGUGUCUUUAAAAGGUGGUUGCUAACAAGUAGCUAAAUGAGACUACAGAAUGUCAUCGCGCCGAACCGGCUUGACAGCCCCGUUCAGGUGGCGACGUUAUGCUGUGUCACUGUGGUGUAGUGUGUUUAUAGCCAAACAUCAGGUUUUUACUUUUAGGGAUUGCAUAAAGGCUUUUAAAAAUCAUUAAAGUGGUGUUCAAUUGCGAGGAGUAUCUUGCUGAACAAAACAUGUAGCUAUAAUAAACAUUUGUUAGUCAAAGAGCUUAUUUUCUGCAAUAAUACAAAGUCCAAUGGAAACCCCAUUGACUUUUUUGAUGAGGGAACCAGGCUGACACUAACUUUCAUGUAAUCAUCGCUGGAGCACUCUUUCAUCUCAGCUAAAGUUAGGUAAUGUUAGCAAAACUCUAGCUAACUAGCUAGCCUACGCAAAGCUACAUCAAGAAGAGUAAGCCUGAUUUCAGAUCAGUGUCAGCCAGAUUUGCAUCGUCCUUACUUCUGUGGUAACUUUAAAGAGAUUUGGGCAGAUCCAGUGGUUGCUGACAUAAUUUUAAGAUCAGAUGAAUUAUCGUUAGCCAAAUCAAAGCUAACAUUCCUUUCUUUUUAUUACCACCAUAAGGCUGCACGCUGCCCCGAAGUAACUAGCGUACCUUUCUACAGUAAAGAGAGACAAACAUUAGGUCUGCUCCAGGUCAGUAAUAAAUUCAUAGAGUACUUUCAAUGUUGACUGAUAGUCUUGUCAUCCUCUCAUCAUUUUGCCUUGUUCAUAAAAGAUAACAUCAUGAUCGUUUGCUUCUUAAGCAAUAUUGCUCGACACCGAGAAACUAUCUAAUAAACAAUGUGGCCCCCGGACAUUGCCGUGCUUUUUUUGGUCAAGUUUGUUCGACCCAGCAACAGUAGCUAAUUAAGGUGGGCGAGACUAAGAUUUGGUCAGUUCAUCAAGAAUGUUAGACUUUUUGGAUUCUUCGUCCACAUAGGAGGAACGCGAGAAAAACAAAUUUGUCUUCCCAUUUUCAACAUAACAAGCGGAGAGUAAUUGAUGUACAAAUGAUCAUAUAGGGGGGUGAAGUAUUUCUUUAAACAAACACGUUAGCAAUGGUGAUAACCAUGACGAUAAUGAUGGCGAUGAUUGUGUUGGAUUAUCCGUACUUCUGUGAACACUCCUUGUACUUACAAAAUUUGCUAGCAGCAAAUUAUUCAUACUGAUGAUUGUAAAUGUUUUUUUUCUUGUUGUCGACGCGAUCUGAAGAGUCAAAAAGACAACAGGGAUGAGUCCGUUAUAACUCCCCCUCCUUUAUCUUUCCUUCUCCCCCUCUUCUUCCCACUGCUCUCCUCUCUCAGAGCACUUGAGAGUUUUCUGCUCCUGCAGAAAUAGUCUGCACUGCAUUCCUGCUUUGCCCAGUUUUAUAUGCUCUGUAAACCCCUUUUUUUGUAGCAAUGACAAAAUGUGUUC